AUAUCAAUACCUAUAUUUUUAUGUGAUAAAAGAUGUGUUUACACUAAUAAUACAACAGUCUCAACAAAAUUAUCUUGUUUGAUCUAUUGGAUGAUGUUAAACAAUCAAAUAAAUAUUAAAACUCUUCGUCUACCUUCGGUAAAAUCAUCCGUUCUUACCCGAAUCUAACACGUAAGAGAAGGAAGAUGAAAGUAAAUUUGAUUCCACCACGUAAACAAUGCAAUUAAAAGACAUACCAAUUAAGUUCCUCAAAAUAAAUCAUCACAAUAUCAACCUAAGUAAACAAACGCGCAACGAGAAUGGAAAUUGGAGAAUCUCCCACACACCCAGUGUGGAAAAACGAUUUAUAUAGAUGGCAAUUAAAUGCACCUGUUCCUGUUCCAAUUGUGUGUGAUAAAAGCCUGCAAAAUGUUCCAAGUUAUUUGGGUCAGGAUUAUCAUGGACCCAUUUCAAGCACAGAAACAUGUAGAUUACUGGAAGACAAACCAAAUGGGGCCUAUCUUGCCAGGGAUAGUAAAACAGGCAAUGGGGACUUCUACACUUUAAGUUUAAAGUUUAACAAUAAAAUUCAUCAUUAUAAGUUGUACUAUGACAAUGGGGGCUUGUAUGUCAGCACCAAGAGAUAUGACUGUGUCAGAUCUUUGGUGGCUGAUGGUUUGGUCACAAUGUAUUUGCAAUUGAAAGCCCCACAAACAUUACAAACUCUUCAGACAAUUAGUUAUCAAGAAAGUCCCUACAUGACUCUAAACAAGCGAAAACUAAGAGUUUUGAGUAAAGAAUAUGCCAAAAAUAAUAAUGUAUUUGCACUGCCACAGCCUGAAAACACUCCUUGCACAAAUGAGAAGUGUGAAAAACCACACCAAUUUAAAGUCACAACCUUCAAAGGUUUAAACUGGUGUGAAUUGUGUGGGAAUUUCUUGUGGGGUUUUACUGCCCAGGGUGUAAGGUGUGAUGAUUGUGGUACAGUUGCACAUGAAAAAUGCUCGAAAAAAUUCUCCAAUGAUUGUGUACCAGAUCUCAAGUAUAUUCGUGGUGUUUUUGGUAUUGAAUUAACCACUUUGCUCACCGCACACAACGCGAAAUUGCCUUUUGUUGUAACAAAAUGCGUGGAGGAAGUUGAAGCGCGUGGAUUGACUGUCGAAGGAAUUUACCGUCUCAGUGGAUUUGCUGAGGAAAUUGAAUGUAUUAAAAUGACUUUUGACAAAGAUGGCGACAAAGCUGAUUUAAGUCAAGAAAAGUAUCCGAAUAUCAACGCAAUAAGUGGCGCACUGAAAUUAUAUCUGCGUUUGCUGCCAAUUCCAUUAAUCACCUUCAUUGUUCAUCCAUUAUUAACUUCUGCAAUGCAGAAUUCAAAGGUUAACGAAACGAUAAUCGUGAAAAACAUUCGCGAUGCUUUGGAAUCACUUCAAAAGGCGCAUUAUGACACUUUACACUACGUUAUUAAUCACUUAAAGAGAGUGAGUCAACAUUCUGCGAUUAAUAAAAUGACCCCGCAUAAUAUCGCCACGGUGUUUGCGCCGACUUUAAUUGGACCGCCAAUUGCUCAAAGCGCUAUAAUACCGGACAUGACAACUGAUAUCCUGGUGGUUGAGAAUUUAAUUGUACAUUGUGAUAAGGUGUUUUGUAAGCAUUUAGAAACUAGUACUCAUUCCAUUAUGGUGUAAGGUGUAAGCUCCUCUACGAUAUUCCGCACUUGUGAUAUUUUAUACUGUGUUUAUUUAUACUACUACUUCUAUUUCUACUUAGACAGGUUUUUGAGAUAGUGAAACUACUGAAGUAUAUAUAUUUUAACUUAACUGUAUUGCUUAUAAUAAAGUUAUAAGAUUUAUAUGAAGAAAA